AUGUUUUCUGUUACAGAAUAUGGAGAGUUUCUGCACGCCAAGGGGAAGAUGUUCUCGGAUUUCCACGAGAUCCGUGCGGAGAUCGAGGCAGAGACGGAUCGGAUGACGGGAUCCAACAAAGGGAUCUCUCCUGUCCCCAUCAACCUGAGGGUCUACUCCCCCCACGUCCUGAACUUGACCCUGAUUGACCUUCCGGGUAUGACAAAGGUCCCUGUUGGUGACCAGCCUCCCGACAUUGAGCAGCAGAUCAGAGACAUGCUCCUCCAGUUCAUCACCAAGGACAACUGUCUCAUCCUGGCCGUCUCACCGGCCAACCAGGACCUGGCUAACUCUGACGCCCUCAAGAUAGCCAAGGAAGUUGACCCACAGGGGAUGCGUACGAUCGGGGUACUGACCAAGCUGGACCUGAUGGACCAGGGAACCCACGCCGGCGACAUUCUGGACAACAAGACCUACCCCCUCCGCAGAGGGUACAUUGGAGUUGUGAACCGGAGCCAGGCAGACAUUGAUGGCAGGAAGGACAUUAAGGCAGCUCUAGCAGCCGAGCGCAAGUUCUUCCUGAGUCACCCCGCGUACAGGCACCUGGCAGACCGCAUGGGGACACCUUAUCUGCAGAAAACUCUCAACCAGCAACUGACAAACCACAUCCGGGACACGCUGCCUGUCCUGCGGAACAAGCUGCAGGGACAGCUGCUGGGUAUGGAGAAGGAGGUGGAGGAGUACAAAAACUUCCGCCCUGACGACCCCACCAGGAAAACCAAGGCCAUGCUACAGAUGGUGAACACAUUUGGCGUGGAUUUCGACAAGCGGAUUGAAGGUUCCGGUGACCAGAUCGACACAGUAGAGCUCUCCGGCGGUGCUCGUAUCAACCGCAUCUUCCACGAGAGAUUUCCCUUCGAGCUUGUGAAGAUGGAGUUCGAUGAGAAAGAGCUGAGAAGGGAGAUCAGCUAUGCUAUUAAGAACAUCCACGGUGUCAGAACGGGCCUGUUCACCCCUGACAUGGCGUUUGAAGCCAUCUGCAAGCGACAAAUCGCCAAACUGAAGGAGCCGUCCCUGAAGUGUGUGGACAUGGUCAUCAACGAACUCAACAACGUCGUCAGACAGUGUGGAGAAAAGAUGGGCCGCUAUCCCCAUCUGCGAGAGGAAACUGAGCGCAUUGUGACCACACAUAUACGAGAACGGGAACAAAGGGCCAAAGAUCAGGUCGUGGUCUUCGUGGACGUGAAUCUCGCGUACAUCAACACCAACCACGAGGAUUUUGUGGGGUUCGCCGAUGCACAACAAGCUAAGAGCGACAAGACAACAAGAAAGGCCAAGAGUGUGGGCAACCAGGUUAUUCGGAAGGGCUGGCUCACCAUCCACAACAUCAGCAUCAUGAAGGGUGGUUCUAAGGAGUACUGGUUCGUCCUGACUGCAGAGAGCCUUUCUUGGUUCAAGGAUGAGGAGGAGAAAGAUAAGAAGUACAUGCUGCCCCUGGACGGCCUGAGGGUCCGAGACGUGGAGCAGGGCUGGAUGUCACGCAGACACAUUUUCGCACUCUUCAACCAGGAGUCAAGAAACGUAUACAAGGACUACAAGCAGCUUGAGUUGUCAGCGGAGACGCUGGACGAGGUGGACAGUUGGAAGGCGUCGUUCCUGCGGGCGGGAGUGUACCCUGAACGCAACACGGACACCACCAGCGAGGAGUCCAGCGGCAAUCCCCAGGGAGACCUUGGCUCCAUGGAUCCCCAGCUGGAACGUCAGGUAGAGACCAUCCGUAACCUGGUGGAUUCCUACAUGGGCAUCAUCACCAAGACCAUCCGCGACCUCGUGCCCAAAACCAUCAUGCACAUGAUCGUUAACGACACCAAGGAGUUCAUCCAAUCAGAGAUGCUGGCCCACUUGUACUCUAGUGGUGACCAGGCGUCCAUGAUGGAGGAGUCAGCGUCGGAGGCCCAGAGAAGGGAGGAGAUGCUGCGCAUGUACCACUCCCUGAAGGAGGCCCUGAAGAUCAUCGGGGACAUCAACAUGACCACCGUCUCCACACCCUGCCCGCCUCCCGUCGACAGUGACUCCUGGCUCCCUCCACCCAGCCCAUCACAGAACAGAGGACUGCAACCUCCUCCAAGUCCAACCAGGAACUUGCCUCCACCGCUGAGUCCUACCAGGCAGCUGGCUCCCCCAACUAGCCCCACUAGUGGCAGGGUGUCUCCAGGUGGUAGCCCCUCGCUGAACCGACGUCCGAGCCAGCGGACCGGCGGGGUGGCUCGUCCGGCGCCCGUCCCUCCCGGACCAGGGGGUCCCGCCCCUCCCCCUCCUAGGCCAAAUAGUAUGAUGCAGCGUCCCGACCUUCCGUCGCGGCCCGCACCCGCCUUCGCACCACCCGAGAUCCCCGCACGUCCGGGGCAGAACGCAGCACCUGCUAUCCCAAGGCGUCCCGACGCCCCACCAAGGCCACCACCUGGCCGUCCUGCCGUCCCCGCUCGGCCCUAAGUCCUGAAAAGGGGACCCUUCUUGUAGUUAGGAGAGAGA